CUCUGUUCAACUAUGUCUUUUUGAUUUCUUGGGCUUUUGCUCUGCCAUACGCCAAGCUGCGCCGUCUGGCUUCGAGUGUCUGCACUGUCUGGACGUGUGUGAUCAUCGUCUGCAAAAUGUUGUACCAGCUGCAAACCAUUAAGCCUGAGAACUUUUCUGUUAAUUGUUCCUUGCCAAAUGAAAACCAAACGAAUAUACCCAUCCACCAGUUGAACAAGUCUCAGCUCUACAGCGCUCCUAUUGAUCCAACAGAAUGGGUGGGCCUGAGGAAGUCUUCCCCUCUGCUUGUCUACCUGAGGAAUAAUCUCCUGAUGUUGGCCAUUCUGGCCUUUGAGGUUACAAUUUACCGCCAUCAGGAAUACUAUCGAGGUCGAAACAACCUCACGGCCCCAGUGUCUAAAACCAUCUUUCAUGACAUUACAAGACUCCAUCUCGAUGAUGGACUUAUUAAUUGUGCCAAAUAUUUCAUAAAUUACUUCUUCUACAAGUUUGGUCUGGAGACCUGUUUCCUAAUGUCAGUUAAUGUAAUCGGUCAGCGAAUGGAUUUCUAUGCCAUGAUUCACGCCUGCUGGCUGAUCGCUGUCUUAUAUCGGCGUAGAAGAAAGGCCAUUGCAGAGAUCUGGCCCAAGUACUGCUGCUUCCUGGCAUGCAUCAUCACCUUCCAGUACUUCAUCUGCAUCGGCAUCCCUGCAGCUCCUUGCAGAGAUUACCCAUGGAGAUUCAAGGGUGCUAGCUUCAAUGACAACAUCAUAAAGUGGCUGUACUUCCCAGACUUCAUUGUGCGGCCCAACCCCGUGUUUCUUGUCUAUGACUUCAUGCUGCUCCUGUGUGCCUCCCUGCAAAGGCAGAUCUUCGAGGACGAAAACAAGGCUGCAGUGCGGAUCAUGGCAGGGGACAACGUGGAGAUCUGCAUGAACCUUGACGCGGCCUCCUUCAGCCAGCAUAACCCCGUGCCAGAUUUCAUCCACUGCAGAUCGUACUUAGACAUGUCCAAAGUGAUCAUCUUCAGCUACCUCUUCUGGUUUGUCCUCACAAUCAUCUUCAUCACGGGGACAACCAGGAUCAGCAUCUUUUGCAUGGGUUACUUGGUAGCCUGCUUCUAUUUCCUGCUCUUUGGGGGUGAUUUGCUGCUGAAACCCAUCAAGAGCAUCCUGCGCUACUGGGACUGGCUGAUUGCAUACAACAUUUUUGUGAUUACGAUGAAAAACAUACUGUCAAUAGGAGCAUGUGGAUACAUUGAAAAAUUGGUUCAAAAUAGUUGCUGGUUGAUCCAAGCUUUCAGCCUGGCCUGCACUGUCAAAGGCUAUAAAAUGCCUGAUGAUGAUUCCUCGUGUAAACUACCCAGUGGUGAAGCAGGAAUUAUUUGGGACAGCAUAUGUUUUGCCUUCCUUCUGCUGCAAAGAAGAGUUUUCAUGAGUUACUAUUUCCUACAUGUUGUGGCUGAUAUAAAAGCUUCACAGAUCCUGGCUUCGAGGUAGGUCGGGUCAUGGAAUCAAGUGGUUUCUCUUAAAAAAACUGUCUGGAAGUAAUAUUGCACUGUGCUGUUGCCUGAGCUUGCUUGUAGAACCCGUAAGAAAU